AUGCCUCCUACUACAAAAGCAUUUGAUUAUUUAGUUAUUGGCGGUGGAAGCGGUGGUCUUGCAUCUGCUCGACGUGCAGCCAAAUAUGGUGCCAAGGUAGGCUUGGUUGAAGCUUCUGGUCGCUUAGGUGGUACUUGUGUAAAUUAUGGCUGUGUCCCCAAAAAAAUAAUGUGGAAUAUCGCCGAUUUGGUUGCCAAGAUGAAAACCGCUCCUCAACAAGGAUUUCCUGAAAGCAACAUCGGUCGCUUCGACUGGGGCCUUAUUAAAAGAAAGCGAGAUGCUUAUAUUAAAAGAUUGAAUGGAAUCUACGAGCGUAAUGUCAACAAUGAUGGUGUUUUAUAUAUUUCUGGUCAUGCCAGCUUUAUUUCACCCACGGAAGUUGCCGUGGAUAUGUUGGACGGCUCUGGCGUUCAAACCUUUUCUGCGAAAAACAUUCUCAUCGCCGUGGGUGGUCGACCUAUCUGGCCUUCUCAUAUACCCGGUGCCGAGUACGGUAUUGACAGUGAUGGAUUUUUCGAAUUGGAAGAACAACCCAAGAAAGUUGCCGUUGUCGGUGCUGGAUACAUUGCUAUAGAACUGGCUGGUGUUUUUGCCGCUCUAGGUACAGAAACCCAUUUGUUUAUUCGCCGUGACAAAUUUUUGCGCCGCUUUGACCCCAUUGUCAGCGAUGGGAUUAUGAAGCACUUUGAACAUCUCGGUAUUCAUAUACAUAAAAACUCCGACGAGUUUAGCAAGAUUGAAAAGCUCCCAUCCUCUCAAUUGCGUCUUCAUAGCGAACAAAGCGCUUUAGACGUCGACAGCCUCCUUUGGGCCGUCGGUCGUACCCCCAAGACUGAGGGUUUGCGUCUUGACCGGGCUGGCGUUAAGACUCUCCCUAGUGGACACGUUGUUGCUGAUGAAUACCAACGCACAAAUGUUCCUUCUGUCCUCUCUUUGGGUGACGUUGUUGGCAAGAUUGAGCUCACUCCCGUAGCCAUUGCUGCAGGUCGUCGUUUGUCUGACCGUCUCUUUGGAGGGGUUAAGGACGCUCAUUUGGAUUAUAUUAAUGUCCCCUCUGUUGUUUUCGCUCAUCCCGAGGCCGGUACUAUUGGUUUUACUGAACAGGAAGCUAUUGAUAAAUAUGGCGAAAACGAGAUUAAGGUCUACAAUUCCACUUUUAGAGGUCUGAAUUACGCUUUGGUCGAUGAAGAGAAUAAGGUCCCUACUACAUACAAACUUAUCUGUGCUGGUCCUCUCCAAAAGGUCGUUGGUUUGCACAUGGUUGGUGACUUUUCUUCAGAAAUUCUUCAAGGUUUCGGUGUAGCUAUAAAGAUGGGUGCUACCAAAGCUGACUUUGAUAACUGCGUCGCAAUUCAUCCUACUUCUGCUGAGGAAUUGGUUACUUUAGUUUAA